GGCGCCGAACCCCACUUCUUCGACCGCAGCUACGACAAGGGCCUCGCCUGGUACCGGGACCUGAUGCCCAGAACCCUGGACGGGCAGAUCACCAUGGAGAAGACGCCCAGCUACUUCGUCACCCGGGAGGCCCCCGCGCGCAUCUCGGCCAUGUCCAAGGACACCAAGCUCAUCGUGGUGGUGCGCGACCCGGUGACCAGGGCCAUCUCGGACUACACGCAGACGCUGUCCAAGCGGCCGGACAUCCCCACCUUCGAGAGCUUGACGUUCAAAAACAGGAGCACGGGCCUCAUCGACACAUCGUGGAGCGCCAUCCAGAUCGGCAUCUACGCCAAGCACCUGGAGCACUGGCUGCGCCACUUCCCGCUCAGCCAGAUGCUCUUCGUGAGCGGCGAGCGGCUCAUCAGCGACCCGGCCGGCGAGCUGGGCCGCGUGCAGGACUUCCUGGGCCUCAAGAGGAUCAUCACCGACAAGCACUUCUACUUCAACAAGACCAAGGGCUUCCCCUGCCUGAAGAAGGCCGAGGGCAGCAGCAAGCCCCACUGCCUGGGCAAGACCAAGGGCCGGACCCACCCCGACAUCGACCCGGAGGUGGUGCGGAGGCUGCGCGAGUUCUACCGGCCCUUCAACCGCAAGUUCUACCAGAUGACCGGGCACGACUUUGGCUGGGAUGGAUAACAAUGUAAUUUAAAAAGAAAAGAAAAAUCAAAUAUAAUAUAUUUUUUUACCAAUCGGUAGAGAAAAGGCAGUUUAAUAUUUGUGCUGAAAAUAUUUCUUGUAGUAGUUUUUUCAAUGAAUGUUAAGAGAUUGUGCUCACCUCUGACCCCAUCUUCAUGUGUUUAACUUACACCAAACAUUUGGAUAAACGAAAAAUGGAAAACUUUACUCAUCUAAAUAGUUUCCAUCUUUAAUUUUUAUUUUAUGUUUUAUAUGCAUAAUUAUAAAGUAAGAGCAUCAGUUGCCAUGAGAACUUUUAAGAGAACUCUGAGGGGAAAUCAGUCUCUCUCUCUCUGGCUUACGAGGCCCAGACAAAAUUGAUCCCUAGCCUUGUGUAUUUCUCCCUUUAAGUUUUUUUUACUUCUGUGCCACUUUUUCUAAAACUAUUUCCCAACUGAUAAUACUUUUUGGUUUUACACCACUUCAGUUAUCACAGUGUUUUUAAAAAUAAAACAUUUUUUGAUCCUUAUACUACUGUGCGGUACAAAACAUGGUACCUAGAGAUCAUUAUCCCCAUUUUUCAGGUAAGGAAACUUGAGUCUCAGGGAGGUUAAAUAACUUAUCUUAGGGCCAGAUGGUGACUCCUGGACAACCCUUCUUUCACUUGUUCUUUAUUACAUGCCACUUUUCCCAGGAGAAUUGGAAAUAAACAUCUGUACCUUUAAAAUCGGUUAGCCAGGUUGGACACAGGCUCGAUGGGAUGGAAAGGGUUUCCUCUGGCUUUCUCAACGCCAGGCCAGCCCUCGGCCCUCGGUCACACCACAGUACACUCCAGGAGAACAUCAGACCUGGGCACACAUUCUGUUAAGAGCCAAUCUCGGUUUGAAUGAAGCUGAGAGAAAUUACCGGAUUCUUGUAUCAAGAACAAGGGGGACAGUCAUGCUGGCAACAAGACAAGGUGUGGUAGGAGCACAACUUACCUAUUUGUUCUUUUGACCUGUCCGUCCUAUUUUUUUAAUUAAGAAAAAGCCAUUUCUGUAAGAGCUUACAAGUAUGAAUCUCCUUUUUAUUUAUCCCUUUUCUUAACAGAGAAAAUCUGCUUCUGUUUGUGAUAUCUCAUUUCUAACCUUGGAGCUAGCACUAAAGAUGUAUCAAUAAACCUCUGUUACCAUGCCCUUAUUUUUCAUGGGUGGAGGACUGUCAACUUUGACACUUUAUUUUCCCCCACUUUCUAUUCAUACCUAGUCUAACCUAAUACUCAUUAAUAUUUGGAAAAUAGUCUCAGAAUUGCAGGUGGAUAAAAAUGGUGGUUUUUUCCUCCUCUCCCAUCAGUUUCUGCCCAUCCCCCCUUGAAAUAUCUCAAAUAAAUCAAUUGUUUAUUAAAAGGAUUCCUUUCCUCUCAGAGUGGGCAAUAACAAGAUUAGCAUUAAUGGGAAUUAAAUUGGUUUAGAGAGGAGCACAUAUGCACAAAAUAUAUAAAACAUGUAUAAUUAGCCUGUUGGAGACAUUUUAUUAUAGGUUUAAACCUAAGAGGAAAACGUUUCCUAUCUCAUGGAACUUUCCUGUAUCUGCCAGAAUUUAAAGGACCAAACACUCUAGUAUUCUAAAAGUGCAUUCUCUUUCUUCUCCGGUGUUGUCAAUCAAAAGAAACUGAAGUUGUUUUGGAUAUGCAGUACAAUUUCCCAUUUACCGCAGAGGUUGCAUCAGGAAGGAAGUAUUUCUUGAGAAGCCUAACACAGGAUUAAAAGGAGGGGGGAAAUCAUUUAGGUUUCUAGAUAGUUGAUGAUUGCUCCAAGUCUUUGGCUCUAUUUAUUCCCACCUUUAGGAGUUCCGUAAACCCCAAAUCCAGGCCCCUUUUUCCAGGUGAUCUCCUUCCCCUCCAUGCCCUCAGCUUUCCAGUGCCACAGCCUGUCUUUGUUCCACUAGAAUUGCCACUACCAGCAACAAGAUACUCAUUUCGAACUCUUUAUCUGUUUUUCUUAACUCAUUUUGUUUGUGCUUCUGACCCUUUUAUAAACAUUUGUUUGACAUAAUGCAAAAGUAGCUUGCACAAGGAAACAAUUGUAUUCAGCAAUCUUCAU